UACGAUGAAAAUUAUAUUGUUAAAUUCAGAUAUCGCCGAUAGAUUAUUUUUUUUAUUUCAAAGUAGAUUGAGGCGUUCCUAUAGUCAUACAUUAGCUUAGACAUGGAAACAAUAAUAGUGUUUGUUGUAAUCGUGAUAGCACCAUGCUUGUCUACUCCGAACGACAAUUUUUGUGAGCACGUUACGCAAAUGCAUCACCACUGUAUUGACGAAAAUGGUUCGAAUGGACAUGCAAACCAGGGAAGGCCUGGUAAAAUUGGACCAAAAGGUCCCCCAGGAAUUCAAGGACCGCCUGGUAGCGUUGAUUAUGAUAUUAUCGAUAGAAAAUUGAGGGAUUUGUUCCAAGAUACUGAAAAUCGGCUCAAUAGAAAAGUAGCAAGUUGUGAAGCUGCCGUUGAGAAUUUAAAAGAAGAACUACGUGUCAGUACAGUAACUGAUUGCAGUAAAGUAUCGAUGGAAGAUAUAAAAUCAACUAGCGAAACAGGGGGAAUUUUUGAUAUAUAUCCAGGAGGAAAACAAACAGAAGUUUAUUGUGAUAUGGGAACUGAUGGAGGAGGAUGGAUUGUAUUUCAGCGCAGAAAAGAUGGAAGUGAAGACUUCUUCAGGUCAUGGAAUGACUACGUAACAGGAUUCGGCAAUAAAAAAGGGGAAUUUUGGCUUGGUCUUGAAACGCUACACAAAAUAACGUCAUCCGGGUCUUAUGAACUCAGAGUAGAUCUCGAAGAUUGGUCUGGCGUAAAGAAAUACGCAAGAUACUCAACUUUCAAGAUCGGCAGUGCAAGUACGAAGUAUCGGAUAAAUCUCGGUGCCUAUUCUGGCGAUGCUACGGACUCCAUGUCACGAGAAAACGGGAUGAAAUUUUCAACCAAAGAUCGCGAUCACGAUACUUGGACCGACAAUUGCGCUUCAACGUACAAGGGAGCAUGGUGGUAUGGUAUAUGCCAUGAAGCCAAUCUUAACGGAAAAUAUCAUAAAGGUGGUUCACACUCUACUUACGCAGAUGGAAUCAAUUGGCGUCAUUGGAAGGGAUAUAAUUACUCACUCAAGUUCACGGAGAUGAAAAUCCGACCAACUUCAUAAAAUGUGAGAUGUACAACGGGGAGAAUAUUUUCCAAACAACAGUUCAAUAUUUUCAUUAGAUUUUCAAUGUAUAUGUUUAGAUACUGCAGGACAUCAUUCUGUGAACUUUUUUUGGUGGACACGUGGUGUCGUAUCGUUCCACCAUAUACUUCACAGUGUACAGUUUGCUUUCUUUCGUAAUUGCGAUUAAUAUGUGUAGUCUGCAAUGCUAAAAUAGUUAACUCUAACGUUUCGACCACGUGGGCCCCUCAAAUCGCAGUAAUCAUUGUCGACAUGACUUUCAUGCAAAAAUUAUAUUCAAUAAAACUAUAAAAUCGUGUUAAAA